GUUCUCACAAACACAACAGAGUACUCCUUUUCUUGGAUGCGGCCGUCGUUGCACACGAAAAGCCAGCACAGAUCGCGGCUUUCCUGGUCUCUACACUCAACAGUAUCUCAAGCACCGCGUGGGUCUCUGCGCCGGUCCGGGGUGCGGCGACUUUGUGAAGCGCGGCUUUUUUUUGAAAGGCAACUUUCAACUUGUUUGAGGGAGCUCGUGUUGGCACAUAAUUGUUUCUCUGGACGGCGUACAUCUGCGGAGAAAGGAGGCAGAAAGACCGGAGGUGCAGAAGGGACCAAAGCAGAGCAGCAAGCGCGAGGAGACAGGGGUGUCGGCUCCCAUGACUCUCCGGCGCCGCUUCUCGUUUUAAAUGGAUCUCUUAUUCAAUGGAUUUGUUCACUUUAUCUUUCUUUCCUGGGUUGCCGUAUUACUUUCUGCGUGCAUGCAAACGGCUUCUCUUCCGCCGAGUCCCGUGUCUCCCCGCCACGCUGCCUUCUUCCCUCGCGGUGGGUCUCCUCUGAACACUCGUCCUCCUCUGAACAUUCGGCCUCGACUCUGUGCCUUCCUUAUUUUUCUCGCCUCUUCUCCCAGUUCAACAGACUCUCCCUUCAGUGACUGCUCUCCGUCUCAGUCUGUGUCCCGUUCUCUUUCUCGCUUUUCUUUCCUCUCCUUUUUUCGACCGCUCUACAGCGGCUUUUCCUCCUUUUCUUGCAAACGCGCCACUUGUGCCUGGAGUGCGGGGGCCUACAUGUUGGAGAAGCCACAGAACAGUCUGCACCGCGACCGAACCUUUUUUUCUUUCUCGCUCUUUUUGGAAGCGCGAAAAAUAGGGGAAGCGAGGCCCCAGACUGCUCAGGAUGCGCCUUCUCCAGAACACAAGAUGAAAGAUGCACAAAGACUGCCUGCCCGUUCUACCUCUUCUUCCUCCUCUUCUUCUUUGUCGGGGGCAGGGAGGGCGAGAAAGGGAAGGCCUGCGGAAGGGAGCAGCACCAAUGAGGACUUCUCUGCGGGACGUCCGACAACGAAACAAGGAAAGCGAGAAGCCGGACGAUGCACUGGGGGCGGAGCCCCGCCGCGGCGGUCUUCGAGACUGCGGAGUGAAUCCUAUGGAAAUACAGAAGCAGGCAUUUGUGUUGAUUCGAUUCCGCUAAAAAGAUCGGAAAUCAAGACUGCUGUCCCCGCCACAGCCGUGGACUUUGACAGAUUUCGACAUCCUGAAAAACCCGAGAAACCCGGGCUCUCGACCGCCCGCACACCAGGCCCAAGUGUACAUACACCGGGCCGUGAAGCGCCGCAGCGACGCGGACGCGGUGUCUAUACACCCGAAGACGUGGCUGGCGGGUCUGCGGCGACGCCCGGCGCGGCGAGCGAAGGGGCGCGGAAAGUCGAGUCGUUUGCAGCUGCGACAGAGGCCGGGAAGGUAAAGCAGGAAUGUCUCUCUGGAGACAGGAUCAGAGACCAAAGUGUCGCUUUCCACUCGACAGUGAAGGAAGAGGACGCGGAGAACGCGAGGACACUCCCACACCCAGUUGCGCCCCCGUCACCUUCCCGAGGGUUUCUCUUCACCCAGAAAGGGAAGCGGAGGAAGCGAGAGGACGUGACAACAAGUCUUCGCGAGCUGGCCGGAUGCGCAGAGCUGGACCUUGAAGAUCUCUCGCAGAACGUGGCAAAGAAAACAGACGAGCCGUUCGCAAAUCUCCCAGAUUCGCCGGAGCCGCCGCACUUCCAAGAUGUCUGGGACGCCGUGACGGAAAUGCGCGCCAAGCGGGACGCGCCGGUGGAUUCGAUGGGCGUCGAGGCGAUGGGCGAAUUGGCUCUGCAGCGGGACGGAGAGAAGGCGAAACGUUUCAGCGUCCUCGUGGCCGUUAUGCUGUCGAGCCAGACGAAAGACGAACAGACAGCUGCAUGCAUGCAACGCCUGCGCGACGCCGACGUUUUGUCUCCCGAGAAAAUGAGUCGCCUCUCCGUCGCUGAGUUGUCGGAGCUUCUCUACGGCGUCGGGUUUUACCAGAACAAGGCACGGUUUUUGAAAGAGGCUUGUCAGAUUUUGCUGGAAAAGUACGGGGGAGACAUCCCCCCGACCUACGAGGAGCUCGUUCAACUAAAGGGCGUUGGACCGAAGAUGGCCAACAUCGCCGUGCACGCAGGGUGGAACCGCGUCGAGGGCAUUGCAGUCGACGUCCACGUUCACCGAAUCACAAACAGGCUGAACUGGGUACGGACAAAGACCCCCAUUGAGACUCAGCAUGCACUGCAGAAAUUCCUCAGAAGGCCUCUGUGGGGAGAAAUAAAUCUCCUCUUCGUCGGCUUCGGCCAGCAGAUUUGCCGCCCCGUGAAUCCGUUGUGUUCUGCAUGCAAGGCGAGUCAGUGGUGUCCCGUCGGUCGCAAGGCCUCUCGGAAGGAGAAGAAGACCCCCGAGAUCGAAGUCGAAGUAUCUCCUCAGAAAGAUUAAAUCGCCAUCUUCGCAGUGUCGCUGCUGCGUGCAUCUGCCAACCCUACGAUCAGCCCCCUCCUCAGACGACCAUGCAUUUUUGCCGCAGGUUCAGUUUACCAAAGAGUUCCACUCUGACAUGAAAUGUACACGUGUAUGUGUAUGCACUUAUGUAUAUAUGUGAAUAUGUACAUAUGUGUGUGUAUUUUUGAAUCUAUGUUUCGUGAGUUGAUUCUUCGUUUGUAACUUUUUAGGGGCAUGUGGAGUGGUUGUUUUCUGUGGCCUGGGGAAUCUCUCAAAGUAGACGCCUUUUUGUUUUUCGUGGGAACCCCCGAGCAGAGGACAGGAGCGAGAAGGCUAGUGACCUCUGGAGUGUUUCUGCGCAGUUUCCGCUCUCGCCGAUCUGUCUGCUGCCGACCCCUCGAGCGCGGGGUGUAUGUACAGUGUAGCCCCUUUAAACGGACCAGACGAACGAGAGACGAAACGAGAGAGAAAAAAGAAAGCAUGGAACGAAGAAGACAACGAGUCACGAAAGAGGAAGAGAAUGAACUAGAGAGGAACUCGGAGACAAACAAGGGAGUUGAUGGACGCGAGAUGAGGAGCGGGGAAGGAAAAACAAAAGCAAGCAGAAAACCAAUGAAGAGAAAAAAGCAUUGUAAACCCGGAAACUGGAGAAAGCGUAGUGAGAGGGAACGCGAGAAACGAGGGUGAGUUAGAGCAACAAUGCUGUCUGCUGAGAGGCUUCCUUGAUGCCGAGAUUUCUAGGAGCUGUCUUCGACCUUGUCACUUUUUCUUUUUCUAUCGACUAGAUAAAUAGUGGAAAAUUCGAGAUAUAUGGAAACUCUUAUAAAACUGAGAAAUGUUUCAAACGUGGAG